GGGCUAAUGAAAAGUGUACAUGUUUUUAUCAUGACCAGAGAAGAGCAGACGAACAGCUUUAUGGAUCCUCUUGUGGGUAUCACAGUGUUUUGGAGAGAUCCACGAAACAUCCCUGAGCAGCAGGGACUAGAGAUUGGCAGAGUUUAACAAUGGCUCAUUGUAGCAGGAAGGAAGGAAUGUGACCAAGCCUGGAGCUGCUGUUGGGUGUGGCCAGGUAAGAGCAGCCAGCCUUCUACCUGCUCAGGUGUUUACCCUUAAAGCAGCCGAAAAGGUAGCUCUGCAGACCAACACCUGUUUUAGCUUCAGCUGGGUGGUGACAGGGCACACUGGAAAUAUGUCUUGCUAGAGGAAACAUUGGAGACCUGAGCAGAGCACGGCAGGGGAUCUGAGCAAAGAUGAAGAAGAAUCAGUCUGUGCAGGGGACGUUCAGCAAACUCUUUGGGAAGAAACAUGCCAACAACACCAACAACACUUCCCUCUAUGCCACAAAUCCACCCUGGAUCUUCACGCAAGAGGUCACUUCUGAGGGCAGAGGUGGUCCUGGUGAUGUUGUUGAACUGUAUUAUGAGGAUAAUCGCGUUACUACAGUGACUGAUUCUGGAACAGCAACACUUAAGCCUCGGCCAAGAGUUCGACCAUUACUGACCUUCAUGCCCCUCAACACCCAGGAGACACAUGGAGUGGCUGUGCCAACCCCUUCUGUGCCGGAGGGUUUUGAAGAAAAAGCAUCUCUAGGCCUUAGGCCCCAAAUCAAUGGAAACUACAGACUGUACAAUUCAGUUGGAGACCUGCGGCCAAAGGCUUUCGAGAGAGACUAUCUGGACAACGAUAUUCCUCCACCCCCUCCAAUGGCUCCACCCCCGCCUCCACCCUCCAUGGCACCCCCACCCCCACCGAUGGAAAUACCACUGCCUCCACCAUGCACAGCACCUCCACCGCCACCGCCGCUGCCGCCACCACUACCUCCAACAGCAGCAUCUCCACAAUCCGUAGCUCCGCAUCUGCUUUCGUCUUCAACUGUAUCUUCUCCAGGCCCACUGUCCCCUCCGGAUUUCAUUCCUCCAGCACCUCCACUUGCUUUUGUGGUGCCCCCAGCACCGCCUCUGCCACCUCCAGCGCCUCCCACGCUUCAUACGCCCAUCUCGAACAGCGUCUCCAAGUGGAAAUCAGAAACGGUUCUGAAUGUGAGACAGGCAGAUGCCAGGGAAAAUACUAGCACCUCCUCUCUCACUGUCACCACUCCACUGGCCUCUCACCUGAAGGAAGAGUCGCCAACCAAGUCCACCCCAGAACCUCACCUAACUUUCCCCAGAUCAUUAAAAGUACCUCCCGCUGCCCCGGUGAGAAGUUCAUCCAUUUCCAUGGAAGAAAAAGAUUCUGGUGAGGAAGAUGGGCCUAUUUCCAGACAGCCUCGCACCCGCCCUCCCCUUCCACCGAGCUUUACCAUAAGACCUGCAGCAAAGGUGCACUUAGCUGGAGAAGCUGAGCAGAAAUCUACCUUGGAUAGGCAGAUAGUAACAAAGCCCAUCAGACAAAUCACAGAACCCGCGAGCCCAAGACCAGGGUCAGACUCUGGCAAAGGGACUAAUUUUAAUAGCUAUCGGUCCUCAUUGUCAGAGGCGGCAAAGGUCCCGCUGGAGAAAGCUGAAAAAGACUUAGGCCCAAAACCUGAGUUUCCUGCUGCAGAGGAGGAACCAGACGUGCCCUCCCCAGACUACACAUCAUCUGAUGAUGACUGGAAAGAACCCAGUAAUCUAAAUAGGCUGAAGCAAGAACUGUCAGUUUUGCUGUCCUCUUCUUCGAAAAGGGAGGAGAGACAGCUGGAUAAACCCAUAAGUGCCAGACCUACCAACAGUAUUACUGACCACGCUAGCAAUGAUAGGUUUAGCUCUGUUGGGUCAAAACCAGCUACACCUACUUUGAAAGAUCUGCAGUUACCUGCAGGGGGGGAAAGUGAGAGGAAAGAGAAGUUACCUACUAAUUCACUCACUGCAAAAGAGAACUCCUCCUCGGUUUUCUCUGCUCCAGGCAAUAAACCCACCAGCACAGAAGCAAACAGUGUUAUGAAAUUCAGGAACGAGCUGGAAGCACUACUCUCCCCAACAAAGGAAGGUAAGCCACCAAUAGGACUUACAAAUCACAGACACAGUCCAGGCACAAACAGAGUUACCCUGAAUUCUGGUAGCAGCCAGACAAAUUCUGGUGACUCCAGGCUGCCAAAACCUGUUGCCAAUCAGCUCCCACCCACAGCAGCUUCAGUGGAAGUUGAGAAGACACAGGAGGAUCGUAAAACUCCCAGUGCCCUCACCAGUAAUAAGACUUUGGAGAACUUAAACCCUGUUCCAGGAUACCUGCCAUCUGACAAUGUUCGGAAGUCUCCAGACCCACCUCAGAAACCAAAGGACCAACUCUUCGUUCUAGCCUCCUCUUCACCCUCCUCUAUAGAAGCUAUCUCUCCCACACAAACCGCUGGGUCACACACAGACUUUUCUCUCGUCCAAUACAAGACCCAUCGGGCCAAGACCAGCUCCACAGACAGUCUGUCCUCUCUGACCCCCUCCCAAACCGUGGAGGGGGGGCCAGUCAGUUCAAACAAACGUGGUGCAGACAGAGGCACAAUCCUGUGCUCUGCUGAGAAGUCACGGAUGCCUUCACAGCCAUCCUCUUCCUCCAUGAAUGCAGACCAGGAGGAGGAGGAUGUCCUGAUCCACCCCGUCACAGGAGAAAAGGUGGAGAAAGGCUCUCCAAUGGCUCUCCUCCUGGCUGCAAAACAGCGGGCCCAAAGAGGUAGGCAAUCUGCCUCCCGCCAGAACAGUUAUUUGUCCAAAAAGCCCCCCAUUAAGCUAUCUGAGAAACUCAGCAGUGGCAGCAGCAGCCAGUCAGAAACUGGCUCAACCAACUUCUACUACAGUGAGUCCAAGCCCUACUCCUUUGUGGUGGUACCAAAGUCCCCGCCGAAGGAGUCACCUGCCCUGUUGGAGGGAAAGCAGCAUGACAGGAUGGUCACACCUGAAGGGAAGGCACUGGGCUUCUCAGAACCAGGACAGAGAGCCUACAAACCGCUGUCAUUCUCCAGCACUUCUGAGCAAAGCCAGAGCAUGCAGAAAACUAGCGGUGGGGAGUCCCAGAGCCUUUCCAAGCCAGAGAGGUUUGGUGCCUCCAGUUUAGUUCAAGGCCUCUUAGACUCCAGACGCUUGAGACCACAAGACCUGCCCCCCAAACCUGACCUUCCCCUGUACGCCAUCUCUUCACCUCCUAAUUCCUUGUCCAAGGAGGAGGAAGAAAAUGGAGGGAAGCUUGACUAUGAGAUCAUCCCACCACCACCAGAGUUCAGCAAUGACACCAGCAGGGUCGAGAAAGCUUCUUCAAACAUGGGAGAGAGCUGCAGAGACCACAGUUUCCCAGAUUACAGCCAACCCUGGGAAAGGCAGCGGAAUAUCCGACGCCCAAGCUACGGCUAUGGCAACAGUUACGCCCUGCCCUCCAAAAUGGCCCCAGACAGCAGUACGAGGAAUAGCGGCUUCAGUCAACAUCACCCAGGUGGCAGUUACUCCACUGGCCCUCCUGUCUGCAGCCCAGACAGCCGCCCGCUGAUCAAGAAGCGUCUGUACGUGUCUGAACCCGAUAGGUCCUACACGAGAACCUCCACGUCCUCCAGGAACGUUAGCACACCCGUGACCUAUGGCCACAACAUGGUGGGGUAUGGCUCCCAGGCUGCAGAGGGGAUGCGCCGGGUCAGCUCCACCCACAGGAGUUCCCCCAGCAGCACGCAGGGCAGGCGCAUGUCACUGGAGCCCCCUGGGAAAAGCAUGUCUUAUAGCAACACCAUGAACAACGCCAAGUAUAAAGGGCAGAAUGGGGAGUACUCUGCCGCCAGUGCAGCAGCAACCAGCAGGCCUAUCCAGGACAACCCACAGUACAGUUCUCCUGUGAACACCUUCACUGUCAGGCCUGGGACACGGCAGCCAAUUUCCUACACGUACCAAGGUAGCCAUCGAUAAGUUGGUUCAGGAGGCUGCUUUGCUUCCUUCAGUUACAUAAACCCCACAAGCCUGUUCCAACUUGGUGUGACGCAGGAUGGACCUUGACGUGUCAUUAAUGAUGAAGUCUACCCAGGAGUGGUUCUGUAGGAGCAUAAAGGUCUGCCAUAGCUCCGAGUAUUCUGUAAAUGCACUGCUUGCAAAUUAUUGGGGGCGAGGGUGAGACUAAAACCCUUCUCAAAAAACAGAUAUGGAGAGUCGUUACUGGAGAAGCCCAGUCGCUGCACUGUUGUCUUGAAGGAAUGCCUUCUCUCUCCCCCACAGGACCAUUAGGUAAAUGCUCUAGCCUAUUAGGGCUUUUAAAAUGUAAAAGAAAGAACAUGCCCUGCAUGCUGUUUAAGAGCACGUGAUACAAAAUUACUCGUUAGUGAUUUUCUUUUGUUAAAUUCAGUUUUAAACCUACUUUAAAUACAAUUUAUUUGGAAGGGGGGGGAAAACUCCAC